AUGGUGGGGCAGCCCCGAGUGCGGGCAGCCGCGGCGCAGGACACUACUCGCGAGGGGAGCAGCGCGCGGCUUCUCGCUUGGUGGCCGCUCCCCGGGAAGGUGGCGCCUACCUUCCCCGAGCGGGCGGGGCUUCAGCGCAACCCCGGCGAGGGCGGUGUCCGCGGGGCCCAACUGGUGAGGACGCGAAGCCAGGGCCGGACGCCGCCCCCGAGGACGGCCGGGGGACUCCAGAGGCCCUGCCCAGUCAGGGGCGCACGGGCCUCCGCGGCGAGCGCGCUGCCCCGCCCCCCACGCACCUGGGCCCUGGCGCGCUCCCUGGCAGAAGGCGCUCACCUGGUGCUGCGCUGCCGGAGCUCAGCGCGCUCCUCCUUUGGCAGACGCGAAGCUGGUUGCCCGGGCAGGUGUGGCCGAGAUAGGGUGUGGGGCCAUCUCUGUGCCCGGAUGGCUGGACAAUGCAAAGGAUGGAAAAUCAUGCUAGACCUCUAUCUCACAUGGGCUGACUCACACUCCGGCUGGGCUCGGGCCAGGGAACCCCCCUCAACAGCCCCCUGGGGCCACAGAGGAGGCCUGGCCUUGGCAAGGGACAGGAGAGGGUCCACGGUGACUCACAUGCUCUGCCUGCCCCUGAGUCAUCCUGGGAGAAUGUGCCUUGGAACCCCACCCACCUGGGCCCCUGGCAGCCUACUCCAACCUGGCCACCUUGCCCUGCCUGAGGGGACAGCCCCACCCCAUUGCCACCCCAGGGAGUCUUGCUCCACUGACUCCCUGCUGGGCCUUCCUAGAUGCAGUUGUACUUCUGCAAAAUAUUGAAACAACGCCUGACUUUCUUGACUAGCAGCUCCUCUAAGCCCCAGCUGCCCUGGUUCUGCCCCUAGGACCUAGCUAUGGACACGUCAACCUUCUUUUGGCUCAGCAGGAGGGGCCUCCUGGGCUCUGCCACAACCACAGGCUCUGGCCACCCAAGUUGCCCUCAGCCCAUUUGCAGACCCAGGCCUCAGUUUCAGGCAUCUCAUCUCUAACCCUAGGCCACCUCCAACACGGUCUGCUGCAUGUCCCUGGGCCUCUCACACCAGGUUGUGCAGGCUGCCCAGAGAGGAGGGCACCCUGGCAGGGCAGAUGGAGCUGGGUAGGGCCCGGCAGGCAGGGCCAGGCCUGGGAUCCCUGCAGGACAACGUGCCCAGCCCAGCCCAGUGCCCAUCCUCCCCUCCACACCCAGGCUGCUUCCUUUCCACUGCCUCUCCAGCCCUGCCCAGCUCCCACUGCCCAGACCUGCGGGGCUGCAUUCUAGGCCCAGGGCCAGGGUGUGACUGACCCUGGGCUGGCCCAGGUCAGCAGGUCAGGACCCCAUUCCCUCAAAAGCCUAGCGACCUAAGGGAUAGAUGGGAUGGGCCACGAGCGGCCAUCCACAACAUCAAAUCAGACUUUAGCUUGAAGCCAAGCCUGGUUUG